CGAUUUUCAACCUACAAACCAACAGAAAGACAUCAAUGACAUUGAGAUAAUUGUUGUUGACGGCGGUUGUGGGUUCCGAAAGACAGAAACGGAUUUGAAACGUUUAUUUGGUCUAUCGAGUCUGCUCAGUAAGGACUGCUCCUCCCACGGACUUCUGUUCGUUUGCAGUUAUUUCUACAGAAUAUUAAAUGGUUCUUACUGCAACAAGCAUUGGCCAACAAGAGACCAAUGUAAGGCUGUCAAAUCAGUGCAUUGCCAAUCAGAAUGGAAAAUUGUGGAGAGUCUAUUGCAGUCACGUGACUACUGUAUCAGUGCCCCUGCUUGCACACAACUUCCAGCUGGACAUCAAAUGGGAACAGAGACAAUGAAGUCUCAUCUUACUAGUUCCAACACACGGUUUCAAAACUCAACAGUUGAAGUAGAGAAAUACGAAGCAAACGAGACGUCGUCGUGCAGACAGCCUCUUGUCUCUUCAUCCUCGAAGGACUACGAAUGUGCUCCUCCUUGCACUACUGCUGAAUGGCUCCUGAGAGAAGAGACUGUUUCUGGAAUUUUGUCCACAAUUUACCUCUGUCUAGCUGUAACGUGCACAUCUUUGUUCGUCGUUGUUUUUACAUGGGCAAAAGUCAAGAAACUGCGUCAGUUUCCGCAUGUGAUUACAUUACUGACAACGGUUUUCUAUCUGGGAACUACUGUGGCUUAUUCUAGUGCAUUCAUUUUGGGACGCCGCACUGCAUACUGCUCGCACAAAGACGUCUUCACUACGUGGGAGGAUCCCACCAAAUUUUGUAUAGUGCAAGGUGCAUUUUUUCACUUCAAUUUUAUCGCAGCAUUGAUUAUGUUUAGUACAUCUGUCUUUAAUGUCUUGAUGGUUAUCUACGGCCUAAGGAAGCCGGCCAUUUUGAGAUGUAGCUCGAAAAAGGUUAUGGCUGUUGAGGUCUGCUUUGCUUUGGGUGUUGCCGGAGUAAUCGUGUCGGCCGUUCUUUGCACUUCGUCGUAUAGCAACGACAAUCUUCAGAUGACUUGUGUUCCGAAAACAUCAAACGCUCGGUUCUACUCGUUCACAGUGCCGUCUCAGGUUGUAGGAGUGAUAGGCUUUAUCAUGGCGAUACUCAUUAUAAAACGCAUGAAACAGUCUUUUCGAUUUCAAUCCAGACAUGGAGUAAUAAGCAAGAGAGUCGACAUUGCGGGAGUCGUUAUCACUCGCCGUUUCUUGGUAUUGGUGACAGUGGCUCCACUCGUUUUUGUCUUGGGAUUUAGUAUGCUAGAGAUUCACGACUACUUUUGGUCCGAUGACGCUGUCAAAGACAUCACAAAUUAUAUCUUAUGCCAACAAACUAGCAACAGUAGUGACUGCAGGUCGUCGAUCGAUGAAGUAAGUUUAGCAGCGGCACCUUGCACCGUUUCGGUGUGUCACGCAACCUUUGCUGUUCUACUGAUGUGGUACAGUCUGUUUCCAGGACCGGCUAGAGAGCUAUGGACCGGUUACUUUCGAAAGCUGUUUUGUUGUAAGAUCAAACAGAGAAGCGAUAGUCAAACACUGACGCAAGAAAAGUGCAAUGAAAGUCGAUUUAGUACAGUCAAGGACAACUGGACGAUGAAGAUUAGUAUUGAAAAUGAUCAUAAACUGGAACAACUGCUAGACCAAACAUCGAGCAGUAUUAACGUAGAAAAACCGAGUAAUUGUGGAGUAGGCGAUAAGGAGCGUGUUGAUUGUACAACAGAAGGCGGUGGCAGAAGCAGUUGUCCAAAGUGUGCUGACGAUGACGACCAUCAAGAAUGUCAUCAUAUUGAGAAUGACGAAAAUCAUAGAAUCACUGAAGUUUUGACGAAAGACUUAGGCAACAUCGAGGCCACUUAUAAUAAGAAGACCGAAAAAGAUGAAGUAAGACAGAAACAGAGAAGAGAAGUGUCUGCCAAUCGGUUGUACAGGGUAACAAACCCUGAAUUUUUGUGGGAGACUGAUGAGAGCAAUGACGGCAGGAAAAAGAGCAGUGUAGUAGAUCAGAUUCUGAUAUAGGUGGCAUAUAUUGACUGUUACUGGAGCGCGAUCUUCUAGUGAUCUAUUGCUAUAUGGAAACUGUCUGUAACGUUGCUACUAUAGAUGGAAUAUGUAAGAAA